AUGCGUAUGAAACUCUUCUUACAAUCGUUGUAUAAAACUAUUCGUGACAAAUGGACGACAUGGAAUGUGUUUAAUUCUCGAUCAGCAGAUCCGGUGAUAAAACGUCGAGAAAUUUUAUCCACUCGUGUAUAUAUCAUUCUCGUUGUUGUGUCAUCUAUUAUUCUCAUAACAUACAAUUCGAUUAGUGUGCAAGUCAAAGACAAGACUGUGCCAUUCCCAAGUCAAUCUACGUUUGAAAUUCUUCAAAAGAAAUACACAGAUAAUCUACAAUGUUGGUGCACUAGAACUACAAUUCCGUAUAGAGAAUUUGUUAUAACCAAACCGAUACUGCAUCAAGUGUGUUCAAGUAAGUUUGUUUCUCAACGAUGGAUUGAUUUGGUAUUCAAGGUAGAUUCAACAUCAACUUAUCCGAUCGAUGCUCGAACAAGUCUGAGUGCAAUGUGGCAAUUGAUUCGAUCGUUCUGUCGAAUUUCAACAAGUAUAGUGAACGAUAUACUUAAUCAAUUUCAUGAUUCUCUAUUACUGACUUCUACGGCCUUAACGGAAGAUUUGUUCAAUGCAACAGUUCAAUCGAUGUUGCAUUCACUACGUCAAAUGGCUUCAUCCAGUUUCAUACAAUCCAUCACAGCUGUUCAGAAAAUAACUCAUGUAAAUCAGUUCAUAUCAGCAUUAUCAACCAAUUAUAUUCCUAUAACAAAGGAAUAUGGGCCUGCGCCUGGUAUUUUUCCAGUUUUUAAUUUUUCUUCGAUACAUGUAUCAACUUACAUUGGAAUAUUUGAAAAUAAAUACAUAUUGAAAAAUUCUUCGAGGAUCUGCUCUUGUAAAAACAAUGUUUCUUGUCCGCUACCUAGCGGUUUGUAUAACUACAGUGGUUCGAACAAGCUUGGAACGUAUGAUAUGAAUAAGAUUCAACCGAUUGCAACAGUGCCUGGUCUUAUCGUGGAUUGUUUACCAAUUCAAACAACACUUUCUUCGACAUUAGAAUGUUUUUAUAAUCGAACAUGUAUAGAUCUUCUUCUUUCAUUUUAUUCAACACCAGAUAAUAUUUCAAUUCUCGAUGAAACUUUACCAAGUCGUUUCAACUCAACUACACGAAUCGAGCAUCUUAUCAAUGAACUUCUUGUCGAAGAAAUUGUCAAUGACCUAGAUUACAGCAAAUAUUAUUCUCACUGUAAUCCAGCUGUUUGCCAUUAUAAACAUCCAAGUCGUUUCAAUUGGCUUCCUCUUAUCACUACUAUUCUUGGUCUACUCGGUGGCAUAACAACAAUCUUACGCAUUGUUACUCCGUACACUGUUCAAUUGGUUUUAUUUAUGCAAAGGUAUUGUUGUUCGAGACAAGCACACGAGAACACUCAACAACAAAAUCAAACUAUUCGAAUUCGUUUAAUAAGACUUUUCCGAAAAGUAGAAACCAAAACAAUCCGUUUAAAUUUCUACACUCAUUAUUCCCAUGACCGAAAUCGUCUCAAUCACGGCGUUUUAUCCACACGAUUGUACAUCGUUCUAUUAUUAAUUUCCGUCUGCGUCAUUGUUUUAUUUUCUGAUUUAUCAUCUCAAAUAGUCGUCGAAAGAAUUCCACUUCCAAGUAUCAAACAAUAUGAAGAGCUAUACACACAAUAUUCAACAGAUGUAACAUGUCCAUGUACUAACAUAUCGUUACCUUACGGUAGUUUAAUGACAAUUCAAGUGCGAUAUCAUCAAAUAUGUUCGAGUGAUUUUAUUCAAUCUUCGUGGUAUGAAGUGUUCCCCGCAUUAACUUCUUUAGACCUGAAAAUUGAUUUUCUCUUAUUCGCUUCAUCAUACUUUCAAACCUUAGCAAUAUUUUGUGAUUUUGCCAAUAUAACAAUCAGCGGUGCCAUCGAACGAUUUUCCACAACGAAUUUUGUCAAUGCGCAGUUAUUAUCAAGCGAACUAUUUCUUUCAACAAUCAAUUCAUCACUCAACACAUUCAUUGAAUCGGCAAGAAAUGAAUUUCAUUACAAAAUAUCAUUGAUCAACGCAUCACUUCACAGUAAUCAUUAUGUAAGUAAUAUGAAGACAAAUGCUCAUCUUAAGCUAGCUGUCACCAAAUACUUGAAUGGCUCAUAUCAACUGCGCAUAGUAGGAUAUGAUUUUUACGCCACUGACAUUGACUAUGAUGACUGCUUUUGCGUUCACGAUGCGACAUGUUCGUUGACUUAUGAAAUUGUAUUAGAAUAUUCUUCAGUGAAUAUCGAUUGGCAACUGGAAGGAAUCCGAGGAGGUUGUACUGUUAUGGAUUCCGUAUUGAAAUCAUCAUUGAUAUGUUGGUUUAAAGCCAGUUGUUUGAGUCGAUUGCGAAUUUUAGCUUCUCGCGUUGGACUUUCAAAUAUGUUACCCAUUAAACCGCUGAAUAAAACAAUGAUCAGUCGAUAUCGUGCGGAUUCCUCAGUGGAAAAUAUUCUCGAUGAAAUGAUGAUCGAAGAUUGGAAUUUCUCGUAUUCAUUUCAGGAAUUUUACCGUCAAUGCAAACCUUCGAUUUGCUCAUUCACUUACGAAAAGGGAACGAAUAUUAUUUACGUAAUCACUGUGAUCAUUAGUCUCAUUGGUGGAAUCAACGUGAUUCUUCGAUUGACUUCUCCAUUUAUUACGAAAAUCAUUCUGAAAGUUAUCGAUAUUCUCAAACACUGUAAAUCACCACAAAUUCCAACAGUAAGGCAAGAAAAUCAUGGACUUAACAUUAUCAUUAGAAAUCUGAUGGCUCGCUUGAAACAUAAAUUGAUAAUGUUAAAUAUAUUUGACAGUGAAUCAAAUAAUCCUAGAACAGCUUACCGUGAACGAAUGGCAACAAAGCUCUAUUUCUUAAUUCUCCCGUUUUUCAUUUAUGUCAUAACUAUUGGUAUACUUUACUCGAAUAUGACUGUCGAUAAGUCGGUCCUCAAACCGUCCGAAGAGGAAUACAAUCGUUUAUUAACCUCUCAUUCGAAACUACUCGACUGCCCUUGUGAGAAAAUAUCGAUCGAAUAUAAAUACUUCGUUGAAAUCAGUACAAGAUUACAUUCCGUGUGUUCAAGUGAUUUUGUUCGCAAAGAAUGGCGUGAUUAUCUAUGGUUUACUAGAAACGCAAUGAUAUUUCAUCGACUUGAUAUUCGUGUACGCGGUCCAGCAUAUUUCUCAUUUCUUUCGGCCUUAUGUCAAAUUUCUGAAACAACACUGCGAAACGCCGUUGAUCAAUUUCUUCAUGGAACAUACAUCAGUCCUCGAUUACUAUCGCAAUCGAAUUUCGAAAAGCAGAUUAAUCAUAUUGUUUUACAAUUUCAGAAAGUUCCUGGAGCAAAAUUUGCUCGAAGUUUAGAAGUUAUACGUGCUGUAAUGAAUGGAAAUGCAUUUGUCUCCGCUCAUUCUUUGAAUUGGGAGUGGUGGAGGGAUUUAAAUCGUACUUUCUAUACAUUACCAACGCGUCCGAUUACAAUGAGCGACGGAUGCUCUUGUGGAGCACGAAGCGAUUGUUUCGGUUCAGCAGGUAUCUAUUUUGAAUUAAGUCAUGUGGAAAAAUUUACGAUACCUGGCUGGAAAAUCGGAUGUUCAGCUGUUGAAACGCUACUGCACUCGACAUUCGAAUGUUUAUACGAACAGAAUUGUCUGAAUUUGUUAUUAUCCCAUAUUCCAGAAGGUGGUUUUGGCUUUCCUCCCAUAAAUAUGUCAUCAAUUAACUCUUCACUGGCAAGUCGCUUUCAAAACAGUUCAACUGUUCAAGAUUUAGUCGAUGAGCUAUUCGUGGAAGAAUGGAAAGUGAAUAGUUAUUAUUCAUCAUUUUACAAUCAGUGUGCUCCGAUUUUAUGUUCUUAUAAGAUGAAAAGAGAGGAAUAUCUUAUUUUCAGCGUUACGAAAAUUCUAGCCUUUUACGGAGGAUUAACUGUAGUUUUGCAAUUUAUUAUUCCAAUUAUCAUUAAAUCAAUAUUCGAUAUUCAUGAUCGGUGUCGAAGAAACACAAUUACUCCCGUUGAAUAA